CACUCGAAACGCAAUCCAUAGCUCUCCCCAGGUCCAACCACGCCACCCCAUAUCCACUCUACCGCCUGCAAACCGCAGCCAUGUUUGCCCCGAGUGCGCUACGACAAGCGCGCACGUUUACAAUCCGCCUCCAGCCCGGCUUCAUCGCACCCUGCGCCUCCGCAACUGCAGCGCCCUUCUCGACCAAGACUAGCACGCGUCCUGCGCAACAGCAAUGCACACAGCGAUCCUCAUUUAGGCCGUCUCCACUCGCCCUUGCCAUUCGCCACGCGACCACAGCCGCUUCGUCUGCUUCAGCCGCCAACGCGACGUCAUCCUCCUCCCAGCAGCUCACAUGGAACGACUUCUUCGCUCUGCGCAAGACUCGCCGCCGCGCCAGCCAAGUCACAUCGGGUAUCAGUGCUAUCGGCGUUGCCUAUGUCGGCCUGCAAGUUUUCAUUGGAGGUGGAUACGACGGGCUGCUGGCUGCGUCAAUAGGGCUUGACCCGAUCAUCACGACGGGACUGGCGAGCGCGGCUAUGUUGACGGUGGGCUGGCUUGUGGGGCCGUUCUUCUCGAACGCGGUGUUCAACGUCCGGAAUCGGGCAAUAGCGCCUCAGAUCACGAAGAAAGAACGUGAAUUCUACGACCGCAUCAAGAAGCACCGCGUCGACCCAACUUCCUCCUCCAUGGCGAACCCAGUGCCCGAUUACUACGGCGAGAAGAUCGGCAGCGUCGCGGACUACCGGAGGUGGCUGAAGGACCAGCGGGCGUUCAAUCUCAAGCGUGGAGAGAGGAGGAAGUAAGUCAGAAGGGCUUCACACAAUUUUCUUUUGUCACGCGGCGUGGCUGUUAGUCCAAGUCCGGCAUGGAGUGCAGAUGCUGUUACGACUGGGCUUUGAAGUCGAUGGGGACUCGCAUGGAAGUAAAUACACGUUAUCGGGAGAGGACGGCAUUUUGGGUUCUCUGCCAUGUACCAA